AUGCCUUUAUCUCAUUUCAUUAUCAUUCCGUUUCAUAAGGUUUUGAUCGUUUGCAGCUACUGGGUGUGUUUUACGGCUGAUGGGUUAGACCCGACCCGGCAAAACCUCUGUAUGGCUAACUCGGAUGGCGGACCGGUCCCAGGUGUUCUUGUCGUUGACCGGAGUCGCAUAGACAAGCGAGACUGGUUGCUAAACAUCAAGGAGAUGAAAAAGCUGAUCAAAGGUAUCAAGCGUUACAUAUCAGGCUACAAGACUAUUUCCAAGCACAUGUCAUCCGUCAAUGGUGGAGCUGUUAGUUUUGGGAACCUAGCAGCCAUUUCUGUCCAAGAGAGGGAUGAUGUUCAAUUUGUUGCCCUGGUUGAGGGUGACGCCGACGAUUUCAAACCUGGCCACUCGACAGCCUUUCCCAAGUGGGUUACAAAGGACGAUGAGCUGCCCAGGUUCGACGCCUUGCUAAGAACCUACGAGGGAAUGUGUCAUGAGGACCUGGAUCAACCGGACUGGUCCAAACACGUGGGCUAUUCCAAAGACCUCCGAACGCAGAUGAAGACGUACCGCCGAGAAUCUCCACCUCAAAUCAAUAGGCAUCUCGGAUUGGCAGUCCAUGUCCUUGUCCAAACUUCGCUGAGUGUUGUCAUCCAUGUCGGGCCAGUGCUCCUCAUCUGGGAGAAGGACUAG